AUGGAAAGCAAAGAGCUUGGAACAGCUAUCCCCACACCAGGCGUAGAUAUACCGAUCUCAUCGUCCACGGUAAAUGUGCGGGUUAUCGAUACCAACACUCUUGUCCACUUGAACCCGAAACUGUUCUGGGAGCCAAUGAUCGAGGGAUUCACUGGCUUCCACGCACCUUCAUACUGCUUCCUCGUAUCCAGCGGCACCCGGAACAUCGUAUUUGAUCUCGGUAUCCGUACCGACUGGCGGAACUAUGCUCCAAAGGUUGUUUCAGUUAUUGAAGAAACAACGGUUAUCACAGUAGGCUCAGAUGUAGCCUCGAUCAUUGAGUCCAAUACCGGUGACCUUAAUCUCCGGCGCGAAGACAUACAGGCAGUGAUAUGGUCACAUAACCACUUCGACCAUAUUGGGGACAUGUCCGUCUUUCCGCCUACUACGGAGCUCAUAGUCGGACCUGGAGCCAGAGAUAUAGCUCUCUCAGUCUGGCCGCAGAACCCAGACUCGUUUGUCCUGGAAAGUGAUACUGCUUAA